GGUAAGUGAGUCUCGCUUUGGUUUAGAACUCCGGACUCCAGAGUCACGGCAUCAUCCCCCACUGUCCGAGGCCUGAGAUUGAAAAAAAUUCAUCCCAGGUAAACUCGGGACCGCCGUCCUGCAGGGGCUGUUGGCGCCGCUGCCGACGGCAACACAGGCCGGUCACGGAACCGAGCCGGCACAGGAUAACCGGCACACACUUGAGCGGAUCAUCGUGUCCGUUCGCACCCGGGACAAGAUGCAGAGUCUUUCGGAAACGGUGUUAACGGACGACGUCGGCGACCGAGCUUGUUCCGUCGAGUUCGUCGUCGGCGACAACGUCGGGGCCGCACGCAGAGCCGAUGUCGUCAUCCUCUCGUGUCACCCUCACCAAGGAGCCGAGGUCCUCGGCAUGCCGGGCAUGCGGGAAGCGCUCUCCGGAAAGCUGCUGGUAAGCAUGCUCGGCGGCGUGUCCGUGGCAAAGCUCGAGGAGGGCUUGUAUGGAAACCCGAGGAGGAGUGAGUCUCCCGGCCUCCGUCCCUGCCACAUCCUCCAGGCAAUCCCAAACGUAGCAGCGGCCCGACAGAAGUCCGUUACCGUCGUCGGUGGUCAGUCCGCUUCCAUACCGGGUGAAGUGCUAGAACUAGGGCACGAGGUCCUAAGGCGGAUCGGAACCCCUGUCCCUGUCAGCACGAACCAAAUGCCUGCCGCCACGGCGUUGUGCGCUUCGGGCACCGCGUUUUUCUCUUGGUUCCUCGAGGCAAUGGUGGAUGCUGCCGUAGCACAGGGGAUCGAGAGGAGCAAAGCGACACACCUGGCGGCUCUCACCAUGGCAGGCGCAGCGGAAUUGGUAGUCUCUGGUCAAGACCCGGCUGCCGUCACUGCAAGGGUCACAACUCCCGGCGGCGCAACUGCGAGAGGGUUGGCAACCUUAGAACGAGGCGAGGCAAAGGAGACCGUGGUAAAGGCGCUUCAGGCGACGACAUCGAAAAUCUGUUCAUGAAAUAGUCUAUUGCAUGGAUUGAAAACAG